AUGCUUUCCACCAAGCAUGCCCUACUUAUUGCAAGUCCCUUUGGAGAUCUCGAGGGCCCAGAAAACGACGUUGAAAUGAUUUCCAAAGUCCUCCAAAAGCGGGGAUUCCAAGCCUAUCAAUGUUGUGGUUCAGCAGCGACUCGCGAUGGCAUUCGCUCUGCUUGGCAAGACCUGAUAUCCCGAAUUUCCGCAGAUGAUACAGUGGUCAUCUACUAUUCAGGACAUGGCGGGGAAGCCCUUUCGGUAAAAGCUGCAGAUCAAGAUUCUGGUCAGCCACGACGGCUCCAAUUCAUUGUCCCAAUGGGCUAUAAGGAGGUUCCUGGUGAGUUCCACGGAAUUUCAGAAGAGGAGCUGUCGCAAUGGCUUCUUGAUACCACAGCAAAAACGCAGAAUGUCACCGUCAUCUUGGACUGUUGUCAUUCUGGUCGCAUGGUGCGCGAUUCUCGCUAUGUCAAGAAUGCUAGACGGAGAAACCUCCCUACGACUAUUUAUGAUAAUAUCGCUGCCCAUAUCCAGACACUGCAAGAGAAGGGAUUGCUUCGAGAACGUACACUGCUGGGAGAUAAUCCUCAUGCGGUGCGGAUUGCCGCCGCGGCACCUUGGGAAAGCGCAUAUGAAUACGAAAAUGAUUCGGGGAUGCAACUCGGCGCUUUAACUGAGGCUCUCGUUCGCGUGAUUGAGGAAUCAGAUGGUGACCACAUCUCUUGGAGGACGGUGAUGCUUCGUGUACAGGAAUUAGUCAACAUGUCCUUUCCGCAGCAGCAUCCGCGAGUAGAAGGACCGCACAGUCGCUUUCUAUUUUCUCUGGAUGGUCGGGACUCCACUUCCCUUCUGAUAAAACAGGAGGAUAAUAAUAUAGCUAUAAUCAAAGCUGGCAGGGUUGCAGGAGUCCGGGAGAAAAACGCAUACGCGGUUAUGCCCCCUGGAUCGGAAUGUGUUAAUCCUCAAACUCAGAUUGCUACUGCUGUAGUCACAGAUGCUAGCGGGUUUGAUGCCGUCGCAACACUUACUUGGAGGAAUGGGAUGUCUCGAUUGCCUGAUGGAGGCGCACUGGCCUUUCUCGUCGAAGAAGCUCUCUACAAAUGGCCAGUUUCUCUUAUAGCAGAUGCUUCCGCGCUUCAGAAGCAGGUGGAGCAAUCCAGACUCAUCAGAUGCAGCUACGAUGGCGAGAAGAGCCCUCUAGUUGAAAUUCGCCAGCAAGGAGGCAAACUCACUGUGACCAACAAGUAUGGAGUGGAGAUUUUCUCGCAGCGAUUUUAUGGCAAGGAACCUACACCUUCUACAUACAAAGCAGCUAUUGAUAUUGCAGAUCGAGUGGCUCGCGCACAACACUUUCUGGUUCAAACAUGUGACAGCCCGGAGGAACAUCUCCAGCAUGAUCUUGAAAUCAACCUUGGGUUAGUGGAAGAUGGCCAUCAUGGAAGAACCAUCAAUCCCACUGGCGAAGAUUCCAUCACUGAGAACUCUAACAUCUUCAUGUCUCUAAAGAAUCAUGAUGAUCACAAUAGUGUGUUCGUGUCUGUUUUUGAAGUGGAGGCGAAUGGCCAGAUCAAUGCAGUAACGGAAAAUCCAGAUGGUGUCGAUCUGCCCCCGGGAUGGUCUCAUACAAUCGGCAGUACUAAGACCAAGCUUGAGGGGCUCAAGGUCAAAUGGCCACUCAAUAUUUCCAAACGACAGCCGGUGAUGGAUACCUUGGUCGUCGUGAUUUCGAGUCGCCCUGUUAACUUGCAGUUUUUGAUCAGCUCGGAAAUUGCUGCACGGAGGGCUAUCACAAAUCAUUCAUCUUUAGAGAGUCGUCUUCUGCGAUUUGCGCAGGGCUCAGAUCGCCUCAUUGUGACUGAGAAAAGCAUAUCGAAAAUUCGUUAUGACAUUGUUCAGUUGCCUUUUCUGUUGAAGCCACUCAGCUCCUAA